GAGGUCACAGCAAAGCUGGGGAGUUAAAGGUAACAUUCCUCAGUGAGAGGGGAAACCUGCCCGAACGCAUAUCCCUGUUAAUCACUGUCUCAAGUAGGUAGAGCGUGGCUGCCUUCCACUCCACUCCACUCCACGCCAAGUCUGUGGAACUGAAGAGUCACACUUACAGGAUCAGAAGAGUCUGGGCUGCCGGUGAGAACUCCCAUCCUACCUGUCAUAAUGAAUUUCUGGAGGACAGUGUCUAGUCUGGUGCUUUUCUUGUGCUUUCAUAUGCUACAGCUUGUGUACGGAACAACAGUAGUACCUUUAUGUAAAUCAGGGGAAUCUGUGGACAAUUGCACAACAGCAAUGGUGCAAACAAAGAAAAGUCCACGUGUGGCACCAGUCAGAAUAGUGAAAUGUGAUGCGGAAAUGGAAGGCUACUGUUGGAAUGGUCAGUGUAUGUACCUUGUGGACAUUGAUGAACACUACUGCAGGUGUGUAAAAGGCUAUAGUGGGGUCCGUUGUACAUUUGCUGAGCUCACCAGGAAGCCUUUAAGUGAAGAGUAUUUGGCUCUGACAAUUUUCUUAUCUUUACUGCUCAUCAUGGCAAUUGCUGUUGCAGCAUUUUUUGCAUACAAAUGGUAUAAAAUCAAGAAACUAAGAGAGCCCAUCAAGGAAUACAAAGAAGUUAAUACACAAAAUGUAUAACCAACACCUUCUGUUAAGACUUUAAUCAGCAUUACAUAUUUGGUACCGCAAGAACAGCACAGGGAUUUUUCAUAUGUACACCUGCUUCAUGUCAGUGCUUUGUGCCUGUUAGCAUAUCCAUCCAUGCUCGUAUAAACAGACCCCCGUGAUCCUGAAUUGCCCCUGUGGACUAUUUGACCUUGAUGAGUAAAGUUUAUUAACAUGGGAUUAUAACUUUUAUUUUUUUUUACAUUAUAUGUAAUUGCUUGGGAGCAAAUGAAGGUCAAUAUUGAGUGUGCAUGUUUUUAUCAUUAAUAUUAUUUGUUGUUGCUAAUACUACAUGUGUUAUUCUGAGAAGCCUUAACAGUACAUGUCCUAACAUGUGUAGAAAUGUAUGUAAAUAUUUUACAAAACAAACAGAGCAAUUUUGUAUUGUGGGAAAUUUAUAUUUUUAUGAAUAUUUAUAUUUUUGACAUUUGUGUUUAAAAUCUGUUUAAGACGUUUUUUAUUUAUGAUUAAUAUUGUCUUCAAAAAGCUAUGCAAACUCUAUAUGAAUGCGGAGGUUGUGAUACGGAACAGCAUUUUGGUAUGAUGCAAUAUUUUAAGUAAUGUUAAUUUUGAGUGCCACUUGCCUAACUUUGGAGCAUACAAUCUUUUGUAAGGUGUUUAGACAUGAAUUGCAUAAAAAGGCACGUUUCUGAAAAAGAUAUUAUGAUGUUGGAUGACUUAAACAAUUUGCAUAAAGAACAGUAUUGAUGGUUCACCCUAGUUUAAGUAAAUCCAGGAGAGGGAGUUAUCCAAUAGGAGACUCAAUAAGGUGGGUUUUUGCCAAGGCACAAGGGCAUACGGUUAUAGUUGCAUACCCUUGUGCCCUUUUAAAGACUCACUUUAUGAAGUCCAAACAUUUUAUCAGUGCAAGUCAAAUGUAAUGUACACCAAUAAAUUUGGUGUUCUGGUACUUGAAAAAAUUAUUGCAUUGUAUUGUAUUUAAAUAAAAUGAUGCGCCAGACACUACUUUCCACCUGAUUUUAUUACAAGU